CUUUGGCCACCACCAUGCCGCCAGUCCGCCUCCUAACCGUACCCAACCUGGAAGGCACGCGCUUUCCCUGCGUCCAGCACCCUGCUCGACGCCCUCACGACUUUGACCACGACCAGCCUCCGCCGCGCCGGCGAUCUUCUACCUGGGCCCGCAUAUACCUUGCUUCAUCUCCGCUCCUGCCUGCUCUGCACUCACGACCAGUAUGUCGAAUUGGAACAAGGGUAGGCCGUACGCACCAGGACCAACGCCUAACUACGCGCCGCAAUAUGCGCCUCCUGCGGGACCUCCUCCCAAUGGCUACGGAGACCAGAAGUCGCCAUACGAGGGCGAUCGUUUCCGACCACGAAAGCGGAUAAACGACCCUCUGUUCUUGAUUUUCUUCUUGCUUCAGUUUGCCGGGUUCAUUGUGCUUUCAGGCAUCGCCCUGAACGAAUGGGUCAAGAAUGGCGGUUUAGGAGGUGGAGUAGGAGAUAACACGGGCACGGGUGUUACCCUCAACUAUCACACUGUGAUCCUGCUUCUGUUCAUCACAGCGGCCGCACUUGUGCUGUCCACGAUAUACCUUAUCCUCACGCGCUACUUCACGCGUUUUAUCAUGCACUUCACACUGAUACUAUCCAUUGCACUGAACAUCGGAAUAUGCGUAUACUACUGGACGACACGCUACUGGUCUGGAGCGAUCAUCUUCACCAUAAUUGCGCUCUUCUCGAUCUUCGCCUACUUCGGGUACCGCGCACGCAUCCCGCUCGCGUCGCUGCUCCUGCAGGUCGUCAUGGACGUAGCGAAACACCACUGGAGCGUGUACACAGUCGCAUUUAUCGCGCUCAUCGUCCAGGCUGCGUGGAGUGUGUGGUAUACGUUCUCCGUAAUCGCCAUUCCUCAUGCCGCGUCCACUGACACUGCCUUAGCUUGUGGUUCCGGUUCCUCCUGUUCUAGCGGCAAGGUCGCCGGCCUCAUCUUCUACGCAACCUUCUCGUACCUCUGGACUUCCCAGGUCAUCGGGAACGUCGCCCUAGCCACGCUCGCCGGUGGGCCCUUCGGCUCAUGGUACUACUUCGGCCCGCGCGACCAGGGAAUGAUGCCGCGCCACCCGACUCUGUCUUCCUUCGGACGCGCCUCUACGCUCUCCCUGGGCUCCAUCGCGUUUGGCUCGCUCAUUAACGGGCAUCCGGUGGAAGUGUGCCUGGCUUGUUGUGCGGAGUGCAUUGUUGGCUGCAUCGAGGGCUUGGUGCAGUACUUCAAUAGAUAUGCGUACAUUGAGAUCGCCAUACUGCAGGCCGCCCAGAGCGCAUGGCACCUCUUGCGGGAUCGGGGGAUCGACGCCCUGGUCAAUGACUCCCUUGUCGGCAUGACCCUCACUUGGGGAUCCUACGCGGUUGGGCUGAUCUGCUCGCUAUUCGCCUACUUGUAUCUGCGCUACACGCAUCCAUCAUACAACGACAACGGACAGUACACCGCGCCGGUGCUUCUGUUCGCCUUCCUCAUCGGCCUGCAUGCAGUGCUGUCGCGCACGCUGAUAAGUAGUUGUAUCACGCAGCUUUGUUGGCUAGGCGAGGACCCACAAGUCCUGGCGUACCGUGCGCCUGCACUCUUUAGUCUCAUCGCAUCGACCUAUCCACAGGUUGUACAGGGCGUUCCCAGGGUGUGAAAGUGGGCGUUGGUUGGGGGCCAUCCAUUGGCAGCAGCGGAUUCAUACGAUAUUUACGAUUUAUUGCCUACACAUACUUCCUGGACAAUGUCAGCAUUGGUUGCUUAGAUCCUCCCAGGAGACCCAGGAGAGUUGGAUACCACGAACCGGCCCAUUUGCACUCGACGAUCGGCGGUGCAGUGAACAUUAUAGCCGGACCAAGGUCCCACACUAUAGGCAU